ACCUUCGAUAAAUUCGUCCGAUCAUCCGAAUUCCGAUCCCGAUUUUCAUUUUGCAUUAUUAUUCAUGAUGUUCGUUGAUCUGUUCAGGAAGACUACAGAGUAUUCUCAAUUCUGAAUAUUUGAGCGAUGCCAGGAUUGCUUGCAAGUUGCAGCCUGCUUGAACAGGAAAUCAGUGAAAUCACUAGUAGAAAUCACUCAGAAUCUUGACAACUUGAUCGUCUGGACACAGUACAGCCUUAUCACUGAAUACCAACAUCAUCAAUUUUUCGUCAGAUUUCAAGAUUUUUACUCGAAGUAGGCCAAUAUGUCAAUAAUGAACGUUUCAUACGUUCGUCUAUUUCGAUAAACUAAUUAAAAUUCAUUCAACUUCAGACGAAUUUCUGCCGAUUGUGAGUUGGUAAAAUGGCGGAUAUGUCUAAAGCCGAAAAGUUGGCAGCGGCUAGGAAAAAAUUGAAAGAAUUUCAAAGUCAACAGAGGAGUAAAGAGCAUCAAGAACGUAAUGAUGCCGUUCAUCCGAUACAGAACAACGGAGAAGCUUUUCAAAAUGGAAACAAUCACAAACAAGAAACUACCUCCUUUGAAAGCACGCCCCUGAAGGAGGAAAAACCCGAACCAUUGAAAUUAGAAACCGCCAGCGAACAACCACCACCACCACUGACUAAUUAUUUUUCUUUUGGUUCCAAAAAUAAUUAUUUCUUCGACACUUUGCAAAAAUCUGCGUCCGAAGAGUCUCGCGAAAGUAAUGGAAAUGAGUUUUACUAUCUUGAUAAAGAUAAAUCAUCUACUUCUUCGGUUCUGGAAGAGUCGAAUAUAACUCACAUUACCACUAAUAACUCGUCCUGUAUUUCAUUAAAUGAAGAGGAUAGUUCUAUGACGUCUUCGAAGAUUAAGAUGAACGAAGAAGAGCUUCAAAAUUUAAAGCAAGAGCUUGAAAACGCUGUUAUCAAAAUUAAAAUGCAAAGUAAUGCUUUGGAUAUUGUUAUGGCUGAUAGAGAAGAAUCAGACCGAAAAUUGCAGAGAUGCACUGUAGAGCUUGAUUCAUACAAAGAUUCUGUUCAUGUAUUGCAAAGCCAAUUAGAAGAAAGUGAAAGAGCUCGGAUACAUUUGAAUGAACUUGUUAAUGAACUAAUGCAGUUCAAACAACAAGCCGAAACCAAAGACGUCGAAUUUCAACGACAAGUAAAUGAAUUAAAAGAGCAAAACGAUGAACUCCAGCAAAACUUGGAACAACAGAAAGAAAAGCAUUCUAAUUUACAAAAACGUUACGAAGAAGUGCAAUCCAGCAGAGAUAUGUUAUCGCUGAAAAUUCAACAAAUGGGCAUUAAUUUGGAAGAUGAUGGUAAAACUUUGAAUUCAAUGAACGACGAAUUUGAGGUAUUAAAAACGAAGUAUGCCGAAUCCCAAGAACAGCUAAAAACGUUGCUUUUUGAAAAAGAUCACACGGAUGAGAAUUAUCGUCAAUACAUUGAAAAUUUAAAAGGAGAAUUGCAAAAUGCGUCUCUCGAGCUUCAAACGGUAUCAACGGAGAAUCAGAAUUUGGUGCAAAAGCUUACCGCGCAAACAGAACAUAUUAGCAAUUUGGAAAAACUACUACAGAAACCAGAAAAAAGUAUAGAAAAUGAGAAGAAAAUAUCCGAGCUGGAGAACGAAAUUUCCAACUUGAAAACUCAGUUGGAAGAAAAACAGAAACAAAGCGAAUAUCUCAUCACGCAACUCGAAGAAUAUGUUCCGUUGCACGAAAAAAUUCGUAUUUUAGAAAAUGAAUUGGAAAACUCCAGAACUGAUGCGACGAAUGCUCAUGAGUUACAAUCAGUUGUCGAAAGUAAUAAAGUUGCUGCCUCACAAGCUAUCGCACAAAAUAGUAAAUUAAAAGAAGAGCUCGUCAGAUUGAAUGCUUGCGUAGAAGAUCUGAAUAAAGAUAAAAAUUUGUUGAAUGGUUUACUGACGGAAGAAAAAAAUAAAAAUGCUGAAUUAACGCGCCAACUUGAUGAGAAAACCAACUCCAACAAUUCUGUCGAACAUCAGAAAAACGACGCUGAGACUAACACCGAUAAAAAUGCGAAUUCGACGGAACAAAAUCCCUACGGAACUGCUAAUUUGGAUGCAAUGAUGCAAUUACAAGAUAAAUUCAAAUGUGUAUUGAAUAAAAUGGCCGAUUUAACCGAUGAGAAACAACAGUUGGAGCAUCUCGUUUUACAACUGCAGUGUGAAACUGAAACGAUAGAGGAAUACGUUGCCUUGUACCAAAAACAAAGAAGUCUUUUGCAACAAAGAGCUCGAGAAACUGACAUUAAAGUGGAAAGAAUGAUCAGAGAAAAACACCAAUUACAGAAUAUUCUCCGUUCCAUUUUAUCAGUUGGAGAUAUCAACAGUGAAGCUGUUAGACAAUUUGUUGAAGAAAAUAUAACUCCGGAAUUGAGAAAUGAUUUGUUACUCAGUGAUGAACCCGAAACCGAAGAAAAUAUGAACGGUGACUUUUUUUCUUUGGUGAGAAGUGACAGCGGGCAUCAUCCAUCUUGUCCGUGUUGCUCUGGCAAAUUAAUUACCAUUUAAAAAUACAACCACAGGUUUGAAGUUUUUACCGCGAUGAUUUCCAUUUAUUUUUAAGCGAGUUUUUGUAAUUUAUUACGUUUGUACAGUGAUCCUGUUUUUUUUUUCUCAUGAUUUAUUAAUUUAUUAAAUACAUUGCAUUAUUAUAAAA